AUGCAGAUGUCUCACGUAUAUGUAUUUAGCAAAUUAUGGAUAACUCAGAUUUUAUUGGUGGUUGAUAUGAACCUGUCAGCCGUUAGACAUAUACCAUUGGGAGAGUUGAUAAUACAGAAUUAUCAGAGCCAAAGUAAUACUAAAGAAACUAGGGCAAUCAGAGUUGGUGAAAGAUUCAAGAAAAAUAUCAUUGACAAAAUUAGUAGGAGAAAGAUCUUUAACAAGAACAGAAGAGACACUUCGUGUUUCAAGAAGUGCUGUAAAAAAAUAACCAUGAUAUUUGAAUUUUUGACUACUGACCUGCUCAAAGCCCAGAUUGAAAUUCUAUUGAGAAUCCCUGGCAAUAUCUUAAGAGAUAUAUGGGUGACAAGAGGGUCGGUAUUAAGAAUGCUUAAGAUAUGA